GCAAGAUUAUUAUGGUCUGUCUGGAAUUCACUCUGCGAGAGUGAGGAGAAAAAUAUCUUCCAGCUAACGUUCACCGAGCUAACGGAAGAUUGAAGUAAACAUGGAGCUGUCUGCUGUUGGAGAGAGGGUAUUUGCUGCCGAAUCUAUCAUCAAACGACGAAUUAGGCGGGGUCGAAUGGAAUACCUCGUGAAAUGGAAGGGCUGGUCGCCGAAGUAUAGCACUUGGGAACCGGAGGAAAACAUCUUGGACUCCCGCCUCUUCGUCGCUUUUGAGGAGAGGGAGCGAGAGAGAGAACUGUUCGGUCCCAAAAAGAGAGGACCUAAACCGAAGACAUUCUUGCUUAAGGCACAGGCUAAAGCUAAGGCCAAAUCAUACGAGUUCCGAAGCGAAGCUGUCCGAGGGAUGCGUGUUACCUACCCGAGCCCAGAGCCAGUGGUCACCCCCAGGGCCCGGGAGGGCCUGAGGACUGUGGUCCCCACCAUCUUCCCUCCCAGCACUGUCAACAGGGGGGAGAGCGUCCGGGUUCGACCACCAGAACUGGUUCGUGAGCACCGGCCACCCGUUCCCCAGAGAACCGGCCCGAACGGCCUCGUCUACGUUCCCAAGAAGAGAGGGCCUAAACCCAAGCUUCGCUUCAAGGAAGCCCCCACUGUUCCGUCUACCUUCGACCAUCAGAAGAGGAAGGGAGAGGAAGACGGGGGCUACGGCCCCCACAAAUUGGCUAAGCUGGGUCUUUCCAGGGGAGAGGAGAGGGGCUCUGAGAUGCGGAUGAUUAAAUUAGCCCACAGACACUCGGAGGACCUGAAAUACUCCCACAAGAUCCGAUCGGUCCCCAGCAGUAGCACACACCAGCACUAUGGCCAAGGGAGGAGCGUGCACUCACACAGAACAGGCUCAGCGUUGCAAGGAUGCAGGACUAAGGAGUUCUACCUGUCUCCUCCACACUUCAAGCACCUGUCCAAAACGGGUCAGUACCAACCCAGUGAGGUCCCCUCCAGGGAAGUGGCCUUCCUUGACGACAAAACUCCUCUGGUCCGAACCGUUGGUGAACAAAACAGCGAUUUGUGGAGGCCCAGUUUAAGCAACGCGGAGAAGGUUUUAGUCACGGACGUGACGACCAACUUUUUGACAGUGACUAUUAAAGAGAGCAGCACCGAUCAAGGGUUUUUCAAAAGCAAAAGAUGAUUUUGUAAACUUUACCAACUGUUCUUAACAAACAUACGUGUAAUUUAUAACAAUUUGUAUGUAAUGUAUAAAAAUAAAUUACAUUAUAUAAUGUACAUAUUUAUGUAUAUAUGAAAUAGUUGGACAUAUAUUUAAUGUUAUGACCAAAUUAAAUUCCAUGAAGUUAUUCAAUAUCGUGUCUAGAAGAGUUGCUGGCCUAAUUUGCUGCGAAGUCCUUUGUACAGAGUUAGGCUUAUGUCUGCUUUAGCGAGUGUUUAACUGUAACAAAUGUCAGACAUAAUAUUUUAUUUUUGUCAAACUAACAGAAAUGUUUAGGGUAGAAUCUAAACAUUGUACAUGGGUUUAACAAAUUAGGGUACAUAAAACAAUUCCACCAGGGCAUCAAUUUGAAUAAUUAAUGCAAUGAAUAGACCACUCAUUUGAUGACUUUUGAGACGCAGCCUUAACAUGAAUUGGGAAUUUAAUAAUGCACUUUUAAUUUGUUUUUCAGAAGAAGGUCGUAUGAUAUGGUUGUUGUUGUCAAUUUGUGUUGCUAGCUAUACGCAAUAGGGAAACGCACCUUUCCGAUAUUAAUCAUGCUGGUUUUACCCAAGAAUGUAUCACCUUUUCCUAUACAUUUAGACCUUUUUGACAUUCUGUAACUGAAUAAUCACAACUGUCCGUAUAUUAUUUUAAGUAAAUGGAUGGGCAUUCA